UUUAAAGAGACCUUCCAGCGUGAAUUGCAAAAGGCUCGUGAAGCUAGCCGCCAGAAUCGAAAAUAAUGGUGCGAUAAAUUCGGACUCUCAAUAUAGUGCCAGCAGAUAGUUAUUUAUUGACCUUUUAUUCUUGCGGUUGUUCAACAUGAAGCGAAAACUUACUUCUCAGCCCUCACAGGCCCCAACUAACCCCUUGAAUGCGAAAAAAGCGUGUUUAUCUCGCACGUGCCACGUGGACCGGGAUAUUCGGUUGUAUCAUUUGAACUCUUGGGAGAGGUUAACCUUACUAAAAGAGACUCAAGACUCAAUGCUAAAAGCCUUGAACGCCAAAAUAGUGAACGGGUCCCUCUCGAGUAUUGAGCUUCAAUGCCCUCAAAUUGUUCCACUUUUGGGGCAAAUGGAGCGGAACCUGCAUAACGAGACCAAGCGAAAAAAAUUUCGAGCAUGGCUGACAGUGCCCAAAAGUGUCAAAUAUACCUCCAAGAUGGAUGUGUUCCGUUUGAUUCGGCAUUUCACCCGCACUUUUGUGCCCACGGCGCUACUAGGUCGUCCAGAUUUGUUCCUCAAGGUAGCCAAAGCCAUGGUUGGAGCCCCUCACCAGGCUAGAUUGAACCUGAGGGAUAUUCUCCCCAUGAAGGUACUAGACCACCUUCAUUGGACGGACAAUGAAGAGGCACUUUGUCGCUUGGGCUUGUGGUACAUGCAAAACAUCGUUUGGCGCCUCGUGCGCAGCCUUUUUCACCUGAGCGAUUCGUCGUUUGGCAAAUUCGAGCUCAUGUUCUUCCGCAAAAAGAGUUGGCAAUCCAUAAUGGCGUCUCAAUUGGCCAAAAUGGUGGCUUCGGGCAUGCUAAAACCCCUGAAAUCGGCCAAACAGAUCAGUCUCGUGUGCACCAUGCCUUAUGCUCCGGCACCCAAAUCCGGUCGUUUCCUGCCCAAGAAAAGCGGAUUCCGAUUAAUUUGUCACUCAAAAGCUCGCAACGACCCGAAACUCCGCCAUUACCGACAUCUGUUACAAUAUGUUAAAUCUCAAAAUUGUCCCGAGUCCGUGGACGUUCGAGGCAAGGCAUUGUAUGGGCGGAUUCGAAACUUUUUCAGCUCUUCCUCAGCUGAUAUAUAUUUUGCCAAAGUGGAUAUCAAGAACGCCUUCGAGUCGAUUCUUUUCCCCAAAUUGAAGUACGUCUUGAGCUAUUUGGCCAACAAGACCGCUCCCGUCCUUUUUUAUCAUUCAGUUCGCUAUGAUUUUGGCACUGGGAGCUCGAGAUCUAUCAGAAGUUUCAUCUCCGAACACAGGAAUCCCAAGUUUCAGGAUCACAUCCCGUCAAAUGCCAAGCUCAAAGGCUGUGAUAGUCCCGUUGAAAUUCGGACCCAAGCCAUGAUCAAGGAAAUAUAUCAAAGAACGUGCACGCACACAAUUCGAUUUUCUGUGGGCAAAACCACCACCACCUUUCUGAAAACCAAAGGUUUGGUCCAAGGAGAUUCCUUAUCAGGGGUUUUGUGUGACAUCUACUUUGGAUACGUGGUCAAAAAGGAGUUGAACCCGAUCUUUCAAUUUUCGGAUCCUCGCUUUCACCAAGGUCGGAUGUUUGUCCGAGGAAUGGAUGACUUCUUAUUCGCGUCCAAUUCAGAGGCCGACAUCUUGCACUUUCUUCGCCGAAUGAAGGCCGGUUUCCCCAACUAUGGAUGCCACGUGCAGACCUUCAAGACCCAGACCAACUCCCUUCAAUGGGAAGGAGUUCAACCGUGUCACACGACGAUUUUCUGCGGAGCCAGGAUCGAUUUUCGCAUGAAAGAAGUCCGACCCGACUUUUCUCCACUACAGGGCCUCAAUCUGUGUCAAACCUUGAAGUUCAACCUGGCGAAUCUGGACCAAGUCGAGCCAUUUGUUAGAGCCAAGGCCUUGUUCCUAUCCACGCUCAAAUUGGAACCGAUUUAUUUGGAUCGGGCCUACAACUCGGACCAGACGGUGGCCGAGAAUUUCUUCGUGCUAAUGGCCAUUUUCGCCAUGAGAACCUUGGCCAUGGUCAGAGUGCUGUUUCUUAGUCAAAAGCCGAGCCAGGAGUUCCUCAUUGGCCUUUUCAAAUCGUGCAAGAAGAGGAUCUCCUGGAGGAUUCGGAAUCUUAACCUGGCACCAAGCCUUGAUUUGGAUCUUAUCGUGUUCUCUGCAUUUUGCCACACGUUGAAAACCCAGGGGAUUCAGGACCAUUGUGUAAAGAUCUUGGGUGCAAACCUAAAGGUCCUGGUCCACAAUCAAACUGAAGCCCAAGCAUUAGCCAUCAAAGCUGGGAGAGCCCGAAUUCAAGGGAUGAAUCUGAAAAUAUGCUCUAUUUUCUCCUUGAAAUAAAAGUUAUUUGCCCUAA